UUCAUUCAGUAGUAACCCGUUGCAUAGACAAGAUGCGUUUCGGCGAUUAUCCGGCGGAAUACAACCCGAAAGUUCACGGACCUUACGAUCCGGCUCGAUACUACGGGAAACCGGACACCCCGUUUGGUCAGGUCAAAUUGAACGAGCUCGGAGCCUGGUUUGGAAGGCGGAACAAGAGCCCCCGGGCCAUAAUGGGAGUGGUCAGCUGGACCUACUGGAGAUGGCAACACAAGUACUGGCAGCCGAAGCGGAUGGGAAUGGCUCCGAUCUUCCAGGCCCUGUUCGGAGCAAUGACCUUCCUGUACGUGGUCAACUACGGCAACAUCAGGAAGCAUCGCAACUUCAAGUACCACUAAGAAGGAAGAGGAGAAUCCGGAAGGUUUGCGAACCGAGAGAAAAUUUGUGGUUAUGUGCAAUUGAAAAACGUGUUUAACAAAAGCAAAACAAAAUAGCUUACAUGAAGCGAAAAUCAAAAAUUCUUGACGAUUUGUUAAUCUAAAUAAACAAAAAU